AUGAAGGUCUCUAGAAGGCUACACAUAUACGUCUUUGGAGUUCUUCUCCAUCAUUGUACGCAGUCAUGGGCUUUGUCCGGAGAGGCGAAAGCGAUGGUGGAAGACUCCAUGGAGUGGAUGGAUAAAUUCUACGACCCGAAGAUCUCGCAGCUGUACGACCUCAACUCUAAUGCCGCAAUGAACCACGAGACAUUAGCCUCUACUUGGUAUGCGGUCGGACUUCUUGCACGUAACGGCGACGAUGAUGUCUCGAGGGCUGAAGAUGUUAUUAAAUACAUUAUUAAUGACCAAUUCGAGAACCCAUCAGACUUAUGGUAUGGCGACUAUACGAGAGAGCCGGAGGAGCCAACUGUUGGAACAUCGUCGUACCCCGCUCGUAUGUACGGCUCAUGGGACCCCAACUGGCGAGGCUUCGUCGGUCUCAGCUUCAUCACGAUAUACGAAGAAUUCGGAGACUUGUUGUCUGACGACUUGAAGGGGCUUAUACUUGAAAGUCUACAUAACUGCAGCAUCGGCGACUCAUACCGCGAGGGUGGUGUCAAUGGAGAUAAUCUCUACCCAUCUUACAGCAACCCCGCAAUUAUGCGCGCCAUUGGGACGAGCUGGACUGGUCGUAAAAUAGGCGACGCCAACAUGACACAAGCUGGAGAGAAUUAUGCAAAGAAAAUCAUCGACCUCUUUGACUUGCAUAAUACACUCUCCGAGUUCAACUCAGCUACCUACACUGGAAUUUCACUCUUUGGCCUUACACUAUGGUGUAAGUAUGGUCACGAGGAUAGCAUUCUCUCCCAGAGAGGUCCAGAUCUGCUGCGCGGUGUCUGGAAUUAUACAUCGCAACUCUGGAAUCCUAGUAUGCGAAAUCUCGCUGGUCCAUGGGAUCGCUCUUAUUCAUUUGACAUGACCAAGUCUCUCGGCAUCCUAUCUCACUUUCUGGCACCCAUUAUUGGCAGGAAGGAGGCAGGCGUAUGGCAGUACCCGGAAGUCAUGAGCCAUGCUCGUGAUUGGGCUUGGGCACCACUUAUCGCUGUCCACUCAGACUUCCACAACUCAUUGCUUUCAGAUGAACUUAAAGAUUCAUUGAAGACAUUUGAUGGAGAGAGAACAUACAAUGGACAGGCCUACUAUCCACCCUACGAUCUUGAUACUCGCAACAUCACGACAUGGCUCACCGAAUCGCUGAUGAUUGGAGCUCAAUCAUAUCGAACAAGAAGCGCAAACGGGCCCUCGAAUAACAAGGCUCAGUUUCAUCCCGCUGUUGCACAUUGGGCUUAUGGGGACGAUAACAUCGGAUGGCUAAGCCUCCGUCCUACUGAGGCUUAUGCCAUAAUGCAAGUCUCGCCAAGGACGCUCAAGGUGACUUACCCGAAGGGGACUACCAGUUCUGUAUUCACUUUUGCGGUCUCUCCGUCACUUUCGAAGAGGGAUGUCAAGUCGUGGGAUGACAUUGAGGGAAUCUCCAUUUCUGUCUCCGGUAACGUGAAAUCUGUACCAGAGAUCACAUUUGCUGGCAGAUAUGGUGGUUCAGGAAGUCCUAUAUAUGACCACAAUCAUUGGACUUUGGUGCAUAAGAUGCCCGAUGUGUUUGAGGGUGCCCCUGAAAUCAUUAUCGAGUUUGAAUCUGAUACAGUCUUGAAAAGCUACCCUGGCUUAGUAAAGCAAACGCGAUGGGAAUCAGUAUAA